AUGAGCAUGCUCAUGUCUUUCCCGCACGGUCUCGCCAUGCCGGCACAGGCCCAUCCAAGCUGGUGCAGGAGCCGGGCUGCGGCGAGAGCUGGGAGAUGGGCCUGCAAGUCCACCGCGACAGCUCAUUUCGACAACGCGGUGACGGGGAUGCGGCCGCAAGAGCAGGCGGAGGCGGAGGUGGCGCGGACUCUGAACCUGAGCGGGUGGGUGGAGAAACAGGUUCUGCCGCUGCUCACCCCGGUGGAGGACGCGUGGCAGCCCAGCGACCUGCUCCCCUGCUUCUCCCUCACUUCAGCUGGCCGCUCCGCCGAGCAGCAGCCGCCGCCCUCGAUGAUGAUGAUGACGACGGAAGAGCUCCAGGACCAAGCCUCCGGCGUGCCGGACGACGUGCUGGUGUGCCUGGUGGGCAACAUGGUAACGGAGGAGGCGCUGCCGACGUACAUGUGCGUGGGAAACCGGGUGGCGGGCUGCAGCGACGACACGGGCUGCAGCGACCUGCCCUGGGCGCGCUGGAUACGCGGAUGGACGGCCGAGGAGAACCGCCACGGCGAUCUCCUCAACCGCUACCUCUACCUCUCCGGCCGUGUCGACAUGCGCCAGGUCGAGCGGACCGUCCACCACCUCCUCCGCAACGGCAUGCAGAUGCUCAGGCCGUCCAGCCCCUACCACAACAUCGUCUACGGUUCCUUCCAGGAGCGUGCCACCUUCAUCUCCCAUACCCACACCGCCAAGCACGCCGCGCGCCACGGCGACCGCUGCCUCGCCAAGAUCUGCGGCGUCGUGGCCGCCGACGAGAAGCGCCAUGAGACGGCCUACACCAAGGCGGCCGCCAAGUUGUUCGAGCUCGACCCGGACGGGAUGGUGCGGGCGCUGGCCGCCGUCCUGCGGGACAAAAUCACCAUGCCUGGAAAAAUCAUGACCGAUGGCCGCGACGCUGACCUGUUCGAGCACUUCUCGGCGGUCGCACAGCGCACCGGGGUGUACACGGCAAGGGACUACGGCGACAUGGUGGAGCACUUCGUGCGGAGGUGGAGGGUGGCGGACCUCGCCGGGGGGCAGCUGUCCGGCGAGGGGCGGCGCGCGCAGGAGUACGUGUGCGGGCUGCCGCGAAAGAUCCGGCGGGUGGAGGAGCUGGCCCACGACCGCGCAAUCAAAGCCGCGAAAGAGCCCGAGUUCGCAUGGUUCAGCUGGGUCUUCGACAGGUCUGUCUGCAUCAGAGCCUGA